UCAAACAAAUGUUUGAACCAACUCACCAUCUGUUUGAUGAAACACCGGAACGAGACACUGCCAGAGUCUUGGCUGCAGAGGAGUUGCGCAUCAUCGCCAUGACCUACUAUCCAGGUCCCUUCAACGACGACAAGUUUCAUGUUGAUGUCGAUUUUUUGGUCCCUCCAAAAUCACCGGAUUUCAAUCUUGACUAUGCCAAUAGCGUCAUGCCUCCACCAGCUCCUACCACUCUUAUAUCCCUUGAUAUGGGUGCACUUAUUGCUGGAGCAAAAUACCGGGGAGAAUUCGAAGAUAGGCUGAAAGCUGUUAUUAAAGAAGUAACAGAAUCUGAUGGCCAAACUAUCCUUUUCAUUGAUGAGAUUCAUACAGUUGUUGGAGCAGGUGCUACAAAUGGUGCCAUGGAUGCUGGUAAUCUCUUAAAGCCCAUUCUUGGUAGAGGAGAGCUUCGGUGUAUUGGUGCGACAACACUUGAUGAGUAUCGAAAGUAUAUCGAGAAAGACCCAGCACUAGAACGUCGUUUCCAACAAGUAUAUGUUGAUCAACCUACUGUUGAAGAUACAGUUUCAAUACUAAGGGGGCUGCGGGAAAGAUACGAGCUACAUCAUGGAGUCCGGAUUUCUGACGGCGCACUUGUGGAAGCUGCAAUUCUCUCAGAUCGAUAUAUCAGUGGGAGAUUUUUGCCUGAUAAAGCUAUUGAUUUGGUUGAUGAAGCAGCUGCCAAAUUGAUAGUGGAAAUCACUUCAAAACCUAUUGUACUUAAUGAGAUUAAUCGGUCGGUCCUUAAACUAGAGAUGGAGAGACUCUCUCUAAUGAAUGAUACAGACAAGGCUUCUAAAGAUAGGCUAAAUCGUCUUCAAGCAGAGCUAUCUCUCUUAAAAGAUAAACAAGCUGAGCUGACUGAACAAUGGGAGCAUGAAAAGACUGUAAUGACUUCGAUUCAAUCAAUCAAAGAAGAGAUAGACAGAGUGAAUCUUGAGAUCCAACAGGCUGAGCGGGAGUAUGAUCUAAACCGUGCGGCUGAAUUGAAAUAUGGCAGCCUAAAUUCCUUGCAACACCAACUUGAGAGUGCAGAAAAAGAGUUAGAUGAAUAUAUGAACUCCGGAAAGUCUAUGCUGAGAGAGGAAGUUACAGGAAAUGAUAUUUCUGAAAUUGUAAGCAAGUGGACCGGCAUUCCUAUUUCAAAACUUCAACAAUCGGAGAAGGAGAAGUUGUUGUAUUUAGAGGAAGUUCUUCAUAAACGUGUUGUAGGUCUUUCAGAUCCUCACCGUCCGAUUGCUAGCUUCAUGUUUAUGGGACCUACAGGUGUAGGAAAGACCGAGCUGGCUAAAACACUAGCUUCCUACAUGUUCAAUACAGAGGAAGCACUUGUGAGAAUUGAUAUGAGCGAAUACAUGGAAAAGCAUGUAGUUUCAAGAUUGAUUGGAGCACCGCCUGGAUAUGUUGGGGGAGGGCAGCUUACCGAAAUAGUUCGCCGUAGACCUUACGCUGUUAUUCUAUUUGAUGAGAUUGAGAAGGCACACUCUGACGUCUUCAAUGUAUUCCUUCAAAUUUCGGAUGAUGGAAGAGUAACCGACUCACAAGGUCGAACAGUGAGUUUUACCAACACUGUUACCAUUAUGAUCUCAAAUGUUGGAUCACAGUACAUUCUCAACACAGAUGACGACACUGCACCUAAGGAGUUGGCUUAUGAAACCAUAAAGCAGCGGGUAAUAGACGCUGCAAGAUCUAUCUUUCGCCCCGAGUUCAUGCAUAGAGUUGAUGAAUAUAUUAUUUUCCAGCCUCUCGACCGUGAGCAAAUAAAUAGCAUUGUCAGAAUACAGUUGGAUCGUGUGCAGAAGAGAAUAGUCGGUCGCAAGAUGAAAAUCCGUGUGACAGAUGCUGCCGUCGAACUUCUCGGAAGCUUAGGAUAUGACCCUAGUUAUGGAGCUAGACCAGUGAAGAGAGUGAUUCAGCAAAAUGUGGAGAAUGAACUUGCAAAGGGUAUUCUGAGAGGAGAAUUUAAGGAUGUGAAGCAUUCUGGCCCAACCAAAUUGGUUCUUUACUUCACUGGAGCUACCAAUAUUCUAUAUACUUUUGGUGGACAUGCUGUUACAGUGGAAAUUAUGCAUGCAAUGUGGAAGCCACGGAAGUUUAAGAUGAUAUAUCUAAUUGCAACUCUAUUUGUGAUGACAUUAACCUUGCCAUCAGCAGCUGCAGUAUAUUGGGCAUUUGUUCUAAAAGUGGUGAAGCAGUGUGUGGGCACUGAAGGUGUGGAAGAAGCUGAGUAUAUUAGACUUGGGAGACAUCAUCCGUUUAAGCAAUGA